CUCAGUGUGCUCUUUACCAACUCAUCAUCUGGUACUUCAUCCACAGACCUUCCGCUCGUCACCUACAACCCUCUUCCAGUACCACGUCACCUGUACUACUACUGCUACCACAACUUCGACACACACACUCUUUAUUCACCAUUUGACGUCGACGGCAUCUGGAGACUCAUACUCGCAACCACCUAUCGAAGACUUUUUGUUCGACUCCCAGGCACUGACGCUGCUUCCACACAUUGGCGGCUCCUCUGAGAGUGCCUCACCCAUAAUUGAUCAUGGAUUCUAUGCGUAGCCUUAAUAGGUCCUUACCGAAGACCAAAUCCCUCUCCCAGGCAUCGCAACCCGAUGUCACACAGUCUUUUCGAGCCGCGGCGCUGACCGUGACGAACCUUUACAAGUCAGCCAUGGCAGAGAUCGACAAGUCGCAUGCCGAGGGAUACCAAGAAGCGCUGAAGGAUAUUCUUGCCCUCAUGGAUCGUGAAAAUCUAGGUGCUAGGGAAGGCGAAGGCUCGAGGAUCCGAAAUUGGGUGUCCGAAAGGGUAGAUGGCAGCUUACCAGGCAACUCCAACAGCGACAGCGAAGAGGAGAUAAUGGAAGAGAAGGAAGAGAAGAGAGUGCGGAGUUCAUCGCCGGCCCUGGAACGAAAUGUGAGCCCAGAAGAAUCGCGCGCAUCAGAAUCAACUCAUGCAGAUAUUGUCCAUCGGUCCGACUCUGCACCACCUCCUCUUCCCAUGGAAGCCACAACUACCGAUCCCGAAUCAGGCCUUCCUACGUCCAUGUUUCAAUUCUCGUCCCCCCAUGUUUGGCCUGCUACUCCUGCUUCCGAGUCCCCCAACAUGGACGCUUCUCGCCGCCCACUCGCCACUCCACGCCGCACACCCCGCACGAAUCGCAGUAUGCAACGCGCUGCUGCCCAAAACAUAUUCUCGCUGGGAAACGGAGCUGGCCAGAAACGUAGGAUGAUGCAGGAUUUCUUCAAUAUUGAUGGUCUCAACGAUAGGAGGGAAGGAGGAGGGGGAGGCGGUGGUGGAGGAAGCAAGCGCGGACGAAUGUCAUGAGGAAGACAGACAGGCGUGGAGAGAGAACGACAUCACGGCCACUGCAUCAUAUUACUGGCGUCAUAUACCCUGUAAGGGUGGGUUCAUGCAUCGGGAGAAUAUUUCAACAGGCAUCACACGCGCGAGCAUUUAUAUCUGUACACUGCACUCUGCUUGUUUCGACAGGGUCUGAUACCCAUAGACUUACUUCAGUAUCAAGGUUUUAGGGAACGGCAAGGGGAGGAAUCUAUUAAAGGGUAGCAUGCCGAGUUAGGCUCAUGGUCUAUCGGAUUUAAUUGAGACAGAUAUUGC